GUAUAAAUAAAACACAUCCUGAUGCGCGCACUCAAUCGCUUGGUGGCGGUAAUGUGCCGUUUUGUUCUUGCACCUGCUUUGUAUAAUACAAGAAAAAGAACUCCGAGCUCAUGUAUUUCCGCUCGCUGCCGCUAGAGGGCGACGUCGCCACGUUCACGCUGUAGUGCUCAUAAGUUUAUUUUAACCAAAACAAUGAAAGCGAUCAUUCAGAGAGUUACCAGAGCCACGGUGACAGUGGGAGGAGAAGAGAUCAGUUCAAUCGGACGGGGACUGUGUGUGCUGCUGGGAAUAUCUGCUGAGGACACCCAGAAAGAGGUGGACUACAUAGUUCGUAAGGUCCUGAACCUCCGGGUGUUUGAAGACGAGCAGGGCCGGGCGUGGAGCCAAAGCGUAAUGGACCGGGAGUUUGAGGUGCUGUGUGUGAGCCAGUUCACCCUGCAGUGCGUCCUGAAGGGCAACAAGCCAGACUUCCACUUAGCCAUGCCUGCAGAGUUGGCCCAGCCCUUCUACAAUGGCAUUAUGGAGAACAUGCGCAGCGCGUACAAGCCGGAGCUCAUUAAGGAUGGGAAGUUUGGAGCCAUUAUGGAGGUCCAUAUCCAAAAUGACGGCCCGGUUACCAUUGAGCUGAAUUCGCCUUCUGGUCCCACAGAUCCCAGACAGCUGUCAAAGCAGGAGAAGCAGCAGCAGAGGAAAGAGAAGACACGCUCCAAGGGCCCCUCGGAGUCGGGCAGGGACAAGGGCACCCUACGUUCCCGACAGGACCCCUGUGCCAGUAGUGGUGCUGAGGGUGACGUCUCUUCAGAGAGGGAGCCUUAGAUCUUACAGCAGGGUCCAGACAUGAGCCCAAUUCCCUCAGGAAGGCUUUAAUCCUCCUCAGUGACUGUUGCACCUUAUCAUGAACGGUUCUCCUUCCUGGUUGGAUACUAUAAGGAUUCUCUCAGCCGAUCACAAUUCCCUGUCCCCUUGCUGAUGGCCUUGGCCGUUAUCAUCAACAAACACACUGGACCAGAUAGGUGUUCUACAAAGAGGCAGUGAUGGCGUGUUUAAGGAGAUGGAGCGGGUUGACGGAAAGAUUUGUUGACUGGAGCCCUUUUCCUGAACAUCAAACACUACACUGUGUGGCCUAAUAGUGAUUUUUUUUUUUCUUUUCUUUGUUCUACCUCCUCUUCUGACUGUUUUAUUUCCUCCUUGCUGUCUUUCUGUGUCUUUGAAUUUUCUCUGGCUUUGCUCAGUGUUCCAAUGAGUCUCUGCUUAGAAACGUGGCCCAUAUCCUGUAGUACAGCUCAGCUGCAAGUCUUUGGCUUACAGUACAGAUAUAUAAACCUGGCUCUAUAUUUUAAAUCCUUUUUGGGUCUUCAUAUUACUUAUGUCUCUCGCAGCCCGUUUCUUUGCAAAUCUCAAUAAGACCCUGAGGUCAUUAAAGUCAAACACUAUCAGGUUAUCACAUUUCAAUCACAAGUGUUUGUAAACUGCCACAAUGUCAGCAAUUGGUCCCUGUUACAAUGUUGCCAUGACCCUGCGGUUGUAUGUGAUGCAUAUAACAACUAUUGCAUAAUUUUUGUCAUGUAUGCAACAAGCAUAGUAAGUAAGUCCCUUUGGCUGUUCUAUGUUUUUCACUAGCGGUCGUCACAGCAGUUCCAAGUUGGAUCUGCAAUGCAUGUUGAUUUUGGCACUAGUUUUAUGCCAGAUGCCCUUCCUCACACAAUUCCACAUUACAUGGUAAAAUGUGGCAGGGGUGGUGUUUUAACUGGGAACCAAGUGCACUAACCACUUGGCCACCAUCACUGCCAUGUGCAGCAAGCAUAAGAUUGAUUAAAUCGAUAGCAUUGGGUACAUUAUUUAAUGGUCACAGUUACGGUGCAUCCACAAAGUAUUCACUUUUUUUGCAUUUUAUGUUACAGCUUUAUUCCAAAAUGGAUGAAUUUCAAUUAUUUUCCUCAAAAUUCUACACACAAUACCCCAUAUUGACAAUGUAAAAAUUAUUUUGAGGUUUUUGCAAAUUUAUAAAAAAAAAAAAAAAAGGAAAGGAAAUCAUUCGUACAUAAGUAUUCAUAGCCUUUUCCAU